GACCCGAGAACACAUAUUUUUCAUACACCGUGCUGUGCCGAAUCCUAAGCUCCAAUACAAGCCAAGACUGCAGGGUCAAGACUCUAGAGUCUCAUAAAACUCAAAACCUGUCACCUACAAAGAGCUAGUUGCGCGUUGUUUCCACUCUCUUCGAUCAACCAUCCAAAAUCCGAAGCGAAGAGACAAAGAUCGAUGGCUCCUCCUGCAAAAGCAAUAACGAGUCCAGUGCCAGAUGCGUGGUACCCAACCCUAGCUGUCGUUAUGCUCGCCAUUGGUCUUGUCCUCACCGCUUCCUUCUUCAUCUAUGAAGCAACUUCUUCUAAGCGAAACAGCAGCCUUGCCAAGGAGCUCACCACUGGGGGAGUGGCAUCUGUCUUCCUGGGCUUUGGGUCGUUGUUUUUGCUACUUUCAGCUGGUGUUUAUGUCUGAUUUCCACAUUGUUCAACCAGUUUAAAAUGUUUUGCUGAGCAAGAAUGAUGUCAUGUGAAGGAUCAUGGCUUUGGCAUUGUUACUUAUGGAGAUUUUUGUCAUUUAUCAGAUGAUGAUAGCUUUCUUUGAUAAGAUUUUGAUAUUCUUAAUACAUGCUCGAAUGUAGGACCCUUCGUUAUAUCAAAUUAUUUCAGUUGCACACAGUUCAGCAUGAA